AUGGAUAGAAAGUCUGCUAGAAUAAAAGCAGAGUUACAAAGAUAUGGUUGGAGAGUUUCGAAGAAUUUUAAAUAUAGGAAGGGAAGACCCAUAAAAGUCUAUGACAAAUUGUCUGGUCUUCGCUACGAAAUGGAUUUGGAAACAGCACGUGCCAAUUAUCCAAACAGACUAGAGAGGUUAGAAGAAGAACGUCUUAUGGACAUGCCUUUCGAUGUUAGUGAACCUCAAGUUGAAGGACACGACGGCUUUGCCAGAUUCUACUGGAAACAUGACGAACAAUUGCAUCCUUUGAGAAGGAAAAAAGGUAGUGCAGAGGAUGGUCAUGCUCCCAUGGAAAGAACAAGA